AUGAAAGUGACGUCCGUGCCUCGAGGUAACAUUGACUUUACCAAGGACAACCUGUUCAUAGGACAGAUGCCCGAGAAGAUCGUCCUGGGCUUGGUCGAUACGGACGCGUUUGACGGUACCGCCACCAAAAAUCCUUUCAAUUUCAAACACUACAAUGUCGAUUACGUGUGUCUUAAUGUGGACGGGAAACAAAUUCCCGCCAAGCCAUUACAGCCGGACUUCACGAACGGUCAGUACGUACGCAUUUACAUGAAUCUCUAUACGAGCACGGGUAAAAUUUACAACGACGAGGGAAACAAUGUGCCUCGAGAUGAAUUCGGGAAAGGAUACACCCUGUUCGGAUUUGACCUCACGCCCGACCUGUCGGAGAUGGGCACAUUUCAUCUCAUAAAAAGCGGAAACAUGAGUCUACAACUUCAUUUCAAUGCGAUUUUAACAGCGACGGUCAACGUCAUAGUGUAUACAGAGUUUGACAACAUCAUAGAAAUCGACCACAACAGACAGUUUUAA